CUUCCGGCCAACUGAGCUGCAGAAUUGUUCACAACCGCGGGUUUUCCCUCUUCCACAUUUGGCGCGUGUUUGUAGACAGAGAGACGGACCGAAGCACCACAGCUGACACUUAACUGUCCUCAACACUACUGCGAAGAACAUGUCUGCGUGGACUGGAGGCAGACGACGAGACGCGCAGAGCAGGCAGCAAGACGAUAGUGUGUCUCCUGCUCCAGGUAACCAGUUGGGGUAUUGGCUUGUUCGAUUGGCUUGUCCGUCUCAACUCUUGAGCACUGGCCCGUCUCGGUGGUCCCACUGCAGGAAGAGGGGGAUCGAUGGAAAUCUGCGGACGAACCGAGAGGCAGAAGGUAGUGACAGGGAAAACAGCAGGCACACUGAGAGCAGCUACAGACACUCUGACAACAGACAUGCAAGUUUCACCACUCCGGAGAGUGCAGGGCCAGUGCCUCGCUGUGGUCGACGGGCUGACUGGGGCAGCCAGGUGGAGGAUGAUGAGAUGAGGAGGGAUGUGCAAAGAGAUAUGCAGCGUUACAGGAGGAGGAUAUUGGGUGCAGAGGUCACCCAGAGAGAGAGAAAGACCUCCUCUGGCUCAUCUGGGAGCUGUGACUCCAGAGAGGGAGAAAACAUGGAGACCGAUGAUGCUGUGUUGCUACGCAGACAGAAGCAGAUCAACUAUGGAAAGAACACACUGGCCUAUGACCGAUACAUCAAAGAAAUUCCAAAACACGUGCGUCAGCCAGGUGUUCACCCAAAGACUCCAAAUAAGUUCAGGAAGUACAGCCGUCGCUCAUGGGAUCAGCAGAUCAAACUUUGGAAGGUCAAACUGCACGCCUGGGACCCCCCAAAAUUGGACUGCCAAGACAAAGUCCUCAAUAACAUUGAGGAGCUGGGCCUCGAUGACGUGAUGGACAUUGAGCUCGACUUCCCAACCCUCACAGACCCCCAGGAUGCCCCUGCCCCUCCCACCACACUCUGCCUUUCACUAGAGGGUGACGGCUGUUUGGGAACUCCAAUCAAAAUGCAGAAGACAGAAACCACAGCGGAGCCUGACGCAGUGUAGCUCAUCAUCCUGCCCUCUUCCAAACACACUUUCACACAUCUCAAAUGGUCUUGCCCGUUUACCUGCAACACUUGGACCUCUCACAGCCCGUUAUCCUGAAUGUCUGUUCCAGCUACCAGCCACUUGAUCCACUGUAUUCCACAAAGGCUCACAAUUGUUUUUUGUUCGGCACUGUAACAUGUUAACAAACAUUGUUCUUUUCCAUUUGUACAAGUGCUUCUUAACCCACUGGGUCCUUCACAGACACUCUACUCGGUUCAAGUCUGAAUGGUUAAAAGAAGUUGGGAAAACCAAAGGCAAAGUAUUUUCCCUAAAAUAAUUCAUAUGGAGCGGAUUUUUUUUUUUUCAUGUAAAAUUUUUAAUGGUGAAGAGCAUUACUUCAGUUAUACUGGGCUGUGGUUUUUUCUUUUUUACAUUAGGUUGCUUUUUAAUACAAAUGUUACUAUGUUUCUUAUUGCUGUGUCCUUCAUGGUGAAGACUUUCAAAUAAAAAAAACAGAAAUUA